AUGUCACCAAGGUGGAAGUGGAAAGGUGCUGAAGCAAAGGCGCUUGCAGAACCGAUUUCGAAAACAGUCUCGAUUCUCCAAUCUUCUUUGACCCGAACCGAGGCAUCCGGUUUGCUCUCGAAUCACAACGUCCUUCUCUCCGUUGAGGCAGAGCAAGCUGAGCUUUUGGACCGUUCUUGUUUCGGUAGGCCCGUCGUUGCUUGUGCCGAGAAAGAAGACAAGAGAUGGAUCCAACUAACUUUCGAAGAAGCUUUCUUCUUGUUCUACAAUCUAAACUGCAUCAAGAUUUCCCUCCAUGGUCGUCGCUUAGAGAACGAGGUAGAGUUAUGGCGAUUCGUAAGAUCUAUUAAGCCAAACUUUGCUACGUCUUACAAGGCUUACUCGCACCUACGGCUAAAGAACUGGAUUGUGAGACCAGGGUUACAAUAUGGAGUUGAUUUCGUGGUGUAUCGACACCAUCCGUCUCUUGUCCACUCUGAAUUCGCGGUUCUGGUUAAGUCCGUUGACGGGAAUGACCGGUUAAGAGUCUGGUCCGAUUCCCAUUGCAGUGUUCGGCUAACCGGAAGCGUCGCGAAAACUCUAUUGGUUCUUUACAUCAAUGGAGAAGAAGUAAACAGAGAGGAUAUGAAUCUACCUUUGUGUUUAGAAGACUACACGGUGGAAGAGGUUACAGUGCGUAGAUGGAGCCCAGAACUUAACCGUGAACAUGAUUUAAGCUUAUGA